GCAGGUGAUUUUAUAUUUUUGCCUCAGUAUUCAUACACAUUUUCUCAGGCAUAAGAUGAGCUCUUUUAAUCUUGAUGACGAGUUGACCUGUCCAAUAUGCCUGGAAUUGUACGACUGUCCCAUCUCGUUACCUUGCCUCCACAGCUUCUGUACAGAGUGCUUACAAAACCUUACACACAGCAGUAGUCCCAGCACCGUGACGUGUCCACAAUGUCGGGCUGACGCCCAGGUCCCCACAGGGGGUGUAAAGAAUUUCCCGAAAAAUUUCCAUCUGGCAAAUAUUGUACAGAAAGUUAAACAGCACAACGAGCAGAAAGAAUUAACAGAAAUGAAAAAUAAAGAUGCCCAAAAUGACCAGUCUGGUAUGGUAGAGUAUAUUCAAGAGCCAGAUGAACGUCCGUCUUCAUAUGAUUUUGUUCCGCAUUAUCCUCCAAGAUUUAAGCGCCAUCACGGUCCCCCGUGGCGACAUCACCCCCCACCGCCACCUGGUUGUCAUGGAGGACACCCCCACCACCCUCCUCCUCCUCCACACGGACCACACCCACGUCAUCCCUGUGGGCCACGUGGACGUCAUCACCCGCCAUGGCAUCCGGGCCCUGGACACCCUCGGCACCACCCUCCGCCCUGGCAUCAUUUUAGAGGCCCACCACCUCCUCCUGAAUAAAGCAUUCAUUUAUAAUGUUAUGUUUUAAUUGCAGUACCAUCAUAGAUAUUUGUAAAAAUAAAGGUCUUUUGAAUAGA